GCAUGAUGCAGCGCAGGACACGGGUGAAGCUCUCCAGACACUGGACGCCAAGACCGAGUCCCGCUGACUGACGCCACCCGCGGUGACUGACCUCAACCCACAUAUGCGCUUCAUCGACUCCAUCUUCCCACUACCUACGCAUCACAAUCCACGACACCACAAGUGAUUCCUAGAUCCGGCGGACAGCUCUGAUUUCCCUCGCUGAUAUUCUUGGAUUCCCCAUUCCGCACACCAUCUCGAUGCGAUAACAGCGACCACCGCCAUGCAUCGCCUCCCCCGGGCUCUGGCCUUCCCUCGCCAGCCCUCACAGGUCUCACGCUGGCGCCCACCUCUACAUACACCCCGCAUACAGCGUCGAUGGAAGUCACGCACACCCUAUGGCCGGGACGGAGAACCGAUGCGCCAUCAAGUCGUUCGCUUCAAGAGCCCGAGCUGGUCAUUACGAAGGGUUGUGACGCUCGGUCUCUACACCGGCGCGGCGUACGGCUUCGGCAGAGUACUGUGGCGACAGCUGGACAUUGAAAUCGAGUUUGUGGAGGAGGAGGAACUUGCGCAAAAUCAACAAGGGCAGAAUGCACUUGGAGAGGCGGAUGAGGCUGCCGAGGAAGGGCCCUUUUACGCCGAUGAAAACUCCAUCUUCAUCCCUCUCACCUGGAGCAAGCAGAUGCCGCGGUCCUACUAUCGUGGCACCGAUCCGGAAUGGUCGGAGUUCAUUCGCGUCGCCAAAGACCCGCCGCGGCAGAAGCUUAUUUACAAGGACCUGACGACGGUUAUUCUCACGGGCUCCGCCCAACAUCCGCCCGUCGCCCGCCAUCUCGGCGCAGAUCCGAAGAUCGGCAAGUACUGGCUGGACAUCUCGUUCCCGGACGGUCCACCGCUAGAGUAUGAGCGGCAGGGAAUUGAGAUUGGCGAUGGAUUUGUUGCUUGGAGCACGCAAAAGGUGGAUGCCGAGAAGCAGUGGCGUACUCAACGCGCGCUGGUCCCGAAAGCGGCUGCUUCGGGCAUUUGGGCGGCGUCAAAAGUCAUGGCGGGCAUACAGUGGCGAAGAGUGAAGCAGUAUCUGGGGUGGGAGGAGGUAAACCCGAUGAGUGUGGAGGAGAGAUUCCGGCUUGCCAUCGCAAUGUCACAGAGGGAGGACGACAAAUCCAGGCGACCAAAGCAGACCUCUCCUGGUACUCCAACAGCGGCGCCCAAUGCGGCCGCUUCCACAGCCACCACAAACCCAAUCACUCCGCCGAAGAGCAACUUGCCCUGGCAUCUGCCCAACGUGAAGCUGCCCUAUGCCGACCCAGACGCGGAUACCUCAUCUUCCCCCCCACUCGACAUCACGAUAGCCAGGCACGUCUUCUCCGCCACGCUGUCGAAGCUCUGGAAUCCCAAGAAGGCCGAAGCUCCCCGUGGUACUUUCCUCGUCGAGGGAAUCGUCGAAGUCAAUGGCGGUACGGGCAAGGUCAUCUUCGACGUCUCGGGCUUCUACGACCCGCGCGCCAAUAAGUUUGUCAAUAUCAAUGCAGGCAUCAGGAAGGUUAAACGGUGGAAGCAGAGACCUAAGGGUGGACCGUGACUCGGUCCUCCGUUCACUCGAUUUGAAGCGUUUCAGCAAGCGGUCUUUUGUGGCGCAUUUGUUUAGAUCAUGAUGGUAGCGCUCAUCAACGAAUUGCAUCGGCGUGUAACGAGUAUGCUGCAU